CGGUUUAAAUUUUAAAGAUAACUGACAAUAGCGUACAGUAUACCGGUGAUUUGUGUAUUGUUUGAGAACAUUAAAUAAUGUAGGUUGUUUUAAUAAUACGAGUUAAUGAAUUAUUGCACAAAAAAGUGAUACCGAUGAUGAAAUUUUGAUCAGUAAAUUAAGUGAAUAAUUUAAUUUCGAAAAGUAUUUGAAAAUGGAUAGUUUUAACAAUUCUCCAGUGGAGUCUCAUGACCAUUUACCACAAUCUGGUGAAGAAAUGGACAAACAGCGACAUAAGACGCUUGCUUAUGAGUACUUAUGUCAUCUUGAGGAAGCGAAAAAGUGGAUGGAAUCAUGUUUACGAGAAAAACUUCCCCCAAGUACGGAAUUGGAGGAGAAUUUGCGAAAUGGAGUAUAUUUAGCUAAACUUGGACAUUUUAUGGUUCCUGAGGCUCUUCCAUUAAACAAAAUUUAUGACAUCGAGCAGAAACGAUAUAAUGUUGCUGGUUUGCAAUUUCGACACACGGACAAUAUAAACCAUUUUUUGAAAAGUUUGAAAAUAACAGAACUACCUAUAGCUUUCCAACCUGAAACAACAGACAUUUACGACAAGAAAAAUAUGCCAAGAGUUAUAUAUUGCAUUCAUGCAUUAAGUUCGCAUUUAUUUAAAUUGGGCAAAGCUCCUCAAAUUCAGGAUUUAUAUGGAAAAGUAAACUUUACAGAGGAUGAAAUUAAUGCUGUUAGUAAAGAAUUAAAAAAAUACAAUAUUCAAAUGCCACUUUUUCAAAAAAUUGGUGGUCUAUUGACUAAUAAUAUGGAAGAAGACACUGCUGCAUUACACGCUGCAAUAAUUGCUAUCAAUCAAUCUAUUUUCAAUCAGGAUCAAGAUGCAAUGCUAACCCAAAUGCAAACUAAAGAUGCUCAUUUAAACAAUAUUAAGGCUGACAAUAUAAACUGCUAUUACGAAGCUUUAGUUACAGCAAAGCAGAUGAAAGCAGAGGCUGUACUCAAUAGGUCAUUUAAUGAAAGUUAUGUACCUGAUGCAUAUGAUGAACUUCUUUCACAAGUCGAAAUUCAGGGGCACAUAAAUCAAGUUAAUGUUCAAUUUGCUUUACAAAAUGUAAAAGAAUCUGUAUGUUAUGACAACAAAUCUUUAAUAUCUGCAUUAAAAGAUCCAGUGCUUCAAAUUGCGAAUAUUUCUUACGAGAAUGUUGCUAUUUACAAGGAAAAACUUGUCAAAUUGAUAAAAAACUCGGAGUGGGAAAUAGAAAAUUAUCAGUAUUUACAAAAAAUUCUUCAAGAAGCCGUGAAUGAAGCAAAUAUUGUUUCCUUGCAGAUGAUCAAGAAAGAGAAAGUUUUAAAUGAAGUAAAUCAAGCUCUACAAAAUGAUGACUUUCAACAAUUUUGUGAAGCUUUAUUUAAUCCUUCUUUGGGUUUGUUAAAUAAAGUUGAUGAAUUUGCUUUGCCUUUAUUUUUUGAAGAAAUGAAAAUCGAUUGUACCGAGUCGCAAAGAAGUGUAUCUUAUACAGAUAUUGUGGUCAGCAUUCGAGUUUUGUCAACCAUUGCAGCGAUAACAAAAGCUAUAGAAACAGGAAGUGCUAUAUUAACAUAUCAAGCCUUAUCUUGUCCUGAAGCACAUGUCAUGGAUUUAGAAGAAGAGAAUAAAAUAAAAUAUUUUCAAGCAUUAACGGCGGUAUGUUAUGAAAAACAAAUAUCAAAUGAUAGAUGUCGACUAUUAACAUACAAUGAUAUACAAGAAAGUGUCGAUCUCGUAAAUCAACAAUGCUCAAAUGACAAUGAAGUUUUGGAGGCAUUACAACAUUUAAAUGCAGCUGUAAAAAGUAACAAUCGUGACGAAAUGAUGAGAAUUUUGCAAAGCUCAUUAUUAAGAUUAAAAAGACUUGUGUCAUAUUCUGAUACUUCUCUCUACUUAAAGAUAUUUAAAAAAUGCCUUGAAGAAAAACAUUCAGAUGGAUCCGAACUGUGGUUAGAAGAUGUUGAAGAAGUCACGGAUACGGUGGCUAAAGAAGCAAAAAAUGUUCAAUCAGCAUGUGCCUUAUUAUCCCAAAUCCAUAAAGGAUUAGAAAAUAACUUUUCUUUUACUACAAAUUGGUUGAAAAUGAUUGGUUUACAAAUUCUAGAGAGAAAUGAAGAAAAAUAUAAUGCAGCUUUUGUAACGCUUUUUAAAGAAAAGCAAAAAAAUCGUAGUUGUCCUUACGUUCGUUAUAUUACGUCUAAAGGCAAUGAAUCAUUUUUAGACUUGGAAAAUUUUAGUUACACUUGGGACCAACCAUCAAACGAAACAGGAUCAUUCUACUUCACGUACGAAGACAUUCGGAAUUUAGUAAGACAAGUGAAUAAUGAGACACUGGAUAAUGUAUCACACAAUAAUGUGGAACCUACAAUUAUUUUACUUCAAGCACGAAUUAGAGGAUAUUUACUACGUAAAAGUAUUUCUGAUAGAUUUACAUAUUUUUACAAUAAUAUUGAAAAAGUGAUAAGAAUCCAAACUUGGUGGCGAGAGAUUUUAGCAAGAAAGUACAAUGAAAAUUUGCUCGAUCCAAAAUUUAAACUCGAUCGAGAGGGAGAAAUAACAUCAUUAAAGUACUUCAAGAAACAUGAAGAUAAAGUUCUUAAAAUUCAAGCUUUGUGGCGCGGCACAGUAGCCAGAAAAGCAUUUCAGUCGCUUUUACAUUUAGAUAAACCACCAUUUACAGUAGUGAAGCGAUUUUCUGCAAUUCUAAAUUUCAAUUCUGAAGAUUACGACAAAGAUCUUCAAUUGCAACAUUUAAAAAAUGAUGUGGUUCAAUUGAUUCGACAUAACCAAAAUUUAUCUCAAUUGUUGGACAGUAUGGAUAUAAAAAUUGGACUCUUAAUUCAAAAUAGGAUAACUUUAAAGGAUGUCGUCGCACAUGGAAAAAAUUUAGAAUCUUUAGCGAAAGCAAAAUAUAUCAAAAGUCAUCGUAAAGAUUCAUUUUCUGAAUCAACAAUUUCGAAAGGACUGAGAUCACUUACCAAAGAAGGACGUAAAAUGCUCGAAGGAUAUCAACAUUUAUUUUAUGCAUUACAAACGAAUCCAACAUAUUUAUCUAAAUUACUAUUUUUAUUACCACAAAGUAAAUCGAACAAGUUUUUGCAAAAUGUUAUUUUAACUGUUUUUAAUUUCGGUUCGAACAUUAGGGAGGAGUAUUUGCUUUUAAAACUUUUGGGAACUGCACUUAGAGAGGAAAUAAGGUGUAAAUUUGAAAAACCUUCAGAGGUAGUAACAGGGAAUCCUCUUGUUCUAAAAAUGGCUGUUAAUUAUGCCAGGCAAAUAAAUGGUCAACGAGCAUUGCGGCAAAUUCUUGGACCUUGUAUUGAGAAAAUUCUCUCGGAUAAAACUAUAAAUAUUGAAACAAAUCCUGUUGACAUUUACAAAUGUUGGCGUAAUCAACUCGAAAUGGAAACUGGAGAGGCUUUAGACCUUCCUUACACGGUUACUCAUCAACAGGCUUUGCAAUAUGACGAAGUCAGACAAAGAUUGAACAGUGGUUUGAAAUUACUGCAAAUUACAGUGCAAGAACUUUUAUCACGAAUAAUUGCUUCAAAAAAUUUAAUUCCUUAUGGAAUGUUGUAUAUGUCGAAAGUUCUAAAUGAAACACUAUCUGAAAAAUUUCCAAAUGCACUAGAAAAAGAUAUGUUGAAAGUUAUUGGAAAUCUCAUUUACUAUCACUUUAUUAAUGCAGCGAUAGUAGCUCCAGAUGCUUUUGAAAUAAUAUCAUUGCCCGUUGACAAAUCUUUAUCAAAUGAUCAAAGACGAAAUCUUGCAAGCAUUGCGAAAAUUUUGCAGUUUGCAGCAUCUAAAAAAGGAUUUGGUGAUGAAGCAACACAUUUGGUUUGCUUAAAUCCAUUUAUAAUAGAAUGCCAUGAGAAGUUUAAAAAUUUCUUUCGAUCUUGUUGUGAAAUAGAAGAAAUUGAUGAGCAUUUUAAAAUUCAUGAAUAUACAGAGGCUACUUUAAUUGAAAAGCCUGAGAUAUAUAUCUCUUUGCAGGAAAUAUGCGAUACCCAUGGUCUUGUGGAACAAUAUCAAGAGCAAAUUGCUCCAAAUCCAUUAGAUUCUCUACAUGAACUUCUUGAAGAUUUGGGUCCCACGCCUACUGUUGCAUCAUUAUUGGGACUAAACAAUUCGACAGAUGAAAAAAUCUUAUUUCGACAUGGAAAAACUGAAGUUUGCUUGACACUUACUAAUAAAUUUGAAAUUCCGGAGAAUGAAGAUUCAAAUUUAAAUAAACUGUUUAUCAAAACAAAGGAGCUUUUAGUUUCAUGCAUACGGUUUUUGCAGGGGAAUACAUUAUCUGAAGCACUGGAAUCUACUCCGUUACACAUCCAAGAAAAAUUGCCUGAUGAUCAUUAUUUAUCGAUGACUUCUAAUUUUAAUACAGUUCAUAACAGUCUGCCUCUAAACGAUUGCAAAUUACAACUUCGUUCAUAUCUAAAUAAACUUGAACUUGAUGGUUUGGUAACAGAAAAAGAUGGUUAUCAAAACAUUAUAACAGCAGUGGCAAAAGAUUUGUGCAAUAAAGGAAAAUAUCGAGUUUUUCGAAACAAAGAAUUGCAAACAUUACAGGAAACGAAACAGCAACUCGAAGAGAAAUGUAACUACUAUAAAGAGCAAGUGGAAUAUUACAACCAAUAUAUUCAAAAAUGUCUCGAAAAUCUUCAUACUGGAAAAGGUUCUCUACACGCCUUAAAAUUGAAUAAAAAACACAAUCAUGGAAAAUUGAAAUCGAAAACAACAUUGAGGUAUACUGGAGCUAAAUUACAGGAAAAAGGUGUUCUUCUGGAAAUAGAAGGCCUCCCUCAUAGUCAGUUCAAAAACGUGAGUUUUGAGAUUGCACCCACUGAAAACAAUGGAGUUUUUACUGUAAAAGGAAAAUUUAUGGGUGUUGAAAUUGAAAAAAUUGAUAUUGAUAUUCAAAAGCUUUUAGAACUUCAAUUUGAAGGUUAUCCGGUUAUGAAUAUGUUUGGUAGAGCAAAAAUUAAUGUUAAUUUAUUACUAUUUUUAUUAAAUCGGAAGUUUUACGGUAAAUUUUAAUAUUUUUGUGUCAUUUUUAUAAAUAUGUUUAAUUUAAUUUAUUUUAAUAAUUAAUGUACGAU